AAUUGAGAAUUUGCUGAGCGCGGACGACGAAAAAAUCUGACGGCGGACACAAAACGCAAACGAAAGCAGUGUUAUUAAGUGAAUUGAAGUGGAAGUGCAGGAAGAAGCAGAACCGAGGCGCAAGAAAAAGAAGCAGUGCAAAUAGAAUUCAAUUGAACAUUUAAAUUGGAUGUUGAAUUGUGAAAGGCGAAUUGAAAUUAAAAUUAAAAUUGGGUGUAAUUGGUGUAAAAAGGCGCACCACCUUCUGUCCGACCGACAGUUGAAUGGUUACUCCACGUAGUAAAUAUAGCGAUGUAAGGCGACAGAAGCGCGCGUCCAUUCUUCAGCUCAGCACUUGCAACGCCUGCGCAAUAAUGAACAAAAUAGUAGUGCCAUAACAAUAAAAUAACUGCAAAAGCCAACAACAACUACAAGUGUUUCUGUUGACAAUUUCGCUUGUCAAAAACAGUAAAUUUAAAUUUAAAUAAAAACAUCCAAAUUCUCAAUACGCACAAAUCGGUUGAGGAAAUAAUUCCAACGCGAGUGAGUUAUAGAAAAUGAGCAAUCAAAUUAACGGGCGCCCGUCGGCGACGAGCGUCGCUGUUUUGGCGCUGAUCUGUGCAGCAGCGUUUGGCGGCGUGUCUGCCGAUGGUGUCGACGUCGGCACUGCCGCACAAUUGGAUCCAGCAUUGAAGAAUAUCAAAUAUAUCGAGAACAAAGUUAUACCAGAUGUCAAGUCAUUGGCCAAUGAGCGUCCAAGGGCCGAAGGCGUCGACGUGGAGAAAUGGCAGCAGGUGCAGCGUUUCAUGGAGGACGGCAUGCCCGUACUGGAACUCUACGGCUACAAACCGAAAAGAGACACUCAGUUUACCAUGAUUAUACCCAAAAUCGACGUGCGUACCAUCGAAAAGCCACGACUUAAAGAAUUCAUGCUGGAACAUUUAGUGCCUGGAAAAGUCUAUGAUAACUUUGCCGAUGAAGAUGUUUACGGCAAUGGCAACGGUCAUAAAAUCCACUUAUAUAAAGUGGAAAAAUCACAAAAUAGUUUGUGGUUACUAAAUGGUUAUCUCGUUUUGUACAAAAUUCGCCUGAAUGAUAACUUAAUGGCAAUUGCAAUCGAUGGCUAUCUUGGUGACCGGAAAUCGCCCUAUUCCAAACGCAACAUACAAGAAUCGAAUAGCCGUUACAAUGAACCGCAACGUUUGGAGAUGCGCAACACCACCACAACGCACGCCAAAAUCGAGCCCAUACUAAAAGAAUCCAAAUCCAGCCCACUGAUGUCCUUCCUCAACAGCAUGAAAAGUGGCACCAAAGUUUUUCAGCAUUUCCUGUCCAAAAGCAAUCUCACACAGAUAAUGGACGACGGUUCCUACACGAUACUCAUACCGUCCGACAAUGCUUUUCAACGUUGGCAUCCCAUCGACUGGGGCUUUUACCCGUUCAGCGUGCAUGAGUUCACCGAGAGUGUGUUGCGUAACCACUUCCUGCCCACACAACAUCCGUUGCGCAUGGCCGAAGUGAAGAGCACCGACCAGAUGGUGGUGCGAACUAUGGGCGGCGAGAAUGUGGUCUUCCGCGGACAUCCUAGUCCAACUGUGAACAAUGUAUCUAUUAUGUCGGACUAUGCACUGGUAAAUGGCAAUCAAGUGUUCCUAAUCUCCGAGGUUUUGUUUGUGUCAGAAGCUGUGGUAUCCAAAUUACAUCAGAUGCACAAGGACAAAGAGACACCACCACUUCUGGCCUUUCCAUGGUUUGGCGCACAGUUUUUAUCGCACUCAUUUUUGGCAUUGGAGCGCGACCCUAGAUUUACUCAAAUCACAAGAUACUUGAACAACGCCGAAAUAGCACCACAUGUUUCUGGCGCCAAUUACACCUUCUUCGUGCCCGAGGACAGAGCCUUUGAACGACUUGGUUUCGACAGACUAUCUGACGAUGUAAUGGCCUCUCCACGUGGCAUCAAGAUGUUACUCAAUCACUUUGUACGCGGACGUCUGUAUGAUCGUGAUUUACGUGAUAACGAGGUAUUCGAAACUAUUGGUGGUGGCCACAUUAAGAUCACCCGCAAUCCAGGAAGCAAUGCAACUAGCGUCAAUAACGCCAAGAUUACCGAAAGCGAAGUAUUCGUCUAUAAUUUAGGCACAAUGUUCUAUAUCGACGAUAUACUUUACGCACAUUUGCUACGUGAAUACGUCUCGAAGCCGACGAAAACGAGAUCUGACCCCAACGGCAGUGGCGGCGGUGGUGGACAACGAAAUGGCGACUACAUUAUUGGUGAUCAGGAUGACGAGUUCGAUGACGAGAUUAUAACGCCGAAGGCACUACCCGUCCAGAUUUUUGAACUUCCACAAUAGAUGCUAAUUUUAAUAAAAUUCAAAUUAUUUACAUUGGUUAAAACAUAUAUAAAAUAAGGAGUAUUCCAACAAUACGUAGUAUUUGAGGUUAUAUUUUCGGGAAGCAAAUAUGCGUACAUACAUAUUAUUACGGCAAAUGUGGCGCCAAGUAGGAUAAGGAGGAGAAGGAGCAGGCCCCAUCAACGCCGCUGUGUAUAGAUUGAUUUGUAUUUUGUUAAUUUUAUGUUAUCGCUCGAACCUUUAUUAAUAUAAGUUUGUAAAUUUUCAAUCGAUAUCUUGUGAAAUGAAGUGCGUAUUUAAUUAAAACAUACUGGAUGGAGAGAGAUGCUAAAGCAAAUUAACGAAGAGUGAAAUUUAAAAGUAUACCACAACAGACUAUAUAAAAUCAGAUAAUUCGCGGUCCAUAGCUACAAAUUUAUAUGAGGAAAAAACUAUUAGCAAUUCGAGAGCAUGAACUUGAAAUUUUUAAACUCAUAAGCAAGCUAAUCGUGUAAAUCUAAUAAGAAAUAAUCAAUUAAAAUCAAGUAAAAAUUAGGAAAUCUGCUAAAAAUUCAUUCAGUAGUGUGGAAACUUUCCUUGUGCUUCGCAUUAGUGAUUCAAUGGAUUUCUCUAAUAGUAUGUCAUAGCAUACACAAACACAUGUUAUAUAACUAUAGUAGUAGUACUUGAGAGGGCAUGAAGACGAAAGGCUAGAAAACAUUCUGCUAAAAACUUUAGGCAACAACAUUAACAUAUCGUCAUAUACAUAAAAUUGAUGCAAAAUUAGAACAAAAAUUGUGAAAGUAAAAAAUGGCAAAUAAACAAAAAUAUUCCAAAACUCAAUUACAUAAUAUCUCGAACCAGAAAUGUGCUGGCAAUGUCAAAC